GCGAGAGAGAGAGAGAUGUGGAGUGGUGGUGGUGAGGGGACAGGAAGGGAAAUGAACAGUCGCUUUGCUGCUCAAUUAGCGUUUUAAUCUCCUUCUUAAUCUUUCCUCAAGACAACAAGAGGAUCACGCUUUUCACAUUGUAGCUUUGUGUAUUUAUCUCCAAAUACGUGAGAGGAAAUACACUUCUCACACUUUGCGUAAAACCUAAAUGAUACCAAAACCAUUUUACGCACGCCUUUGGAUUGGAGACACUGGAUUUUAAACAAGCAGACCCUGGCCUUUUGGGGAAAUGCUGCUGUAAUUUCAGACCGACUUUCAUCCCUGAGGAUUACAAAUCUGCCCUUUUUAAAUUAGUUUUAGCCAGCCCCUUUCAGGUUGUUUUGUUAUAGUUCUAAACACUACAUCGGGAGGAAAGGUGCAAACCAGUGGACUGUCCUCGCAGCGCCACACGCUGUCCCGAGCAGGACGGACCCCUCCUGACUGUCUGCCCAUGUCUCAACAGCAGAACUCUUUCCCCCGCAGCGGCUGUGUGGCGGUGACGCGGCGGACCAUGGACACCAGACCGGUCCGGAGGAGGCGCACCGGCGCCCUGCGGCAUCUGCUUCUGGCAGCCGCCUUCCUGGCGUGCAGCUCCCAACUGCUGGUGGUGGAUGCCAACUCAUGGUGGUCACUAGCUCUGACCCCCAUCCAGCGGCCCGAGAUGUACAUCAUCGGAGCGCAGCCUCUGUGCAGCCAGCUGUCCGGUCUCUCCCAGGGCCAGAGGAAGCUGUGCCAGCUGUACCAGGACCACAUGGUCCACAUCGGAGACGGAGCCAAGACCGGCAUCAAGGAGUGCCAGUUCCAGUUCAGACAGAGGAGGUGGAACUGCAGCACGGUGGACAACACGUCGGUGUUCGGACGCGUCAUGCAGAUCGGCUCCAGGGAGACAGCCUUCACGUACGCCAUCAGUGCGGCGGGCGUGGUGAACGCGGUCAGCCGGGCGUGCCGGGAGGGCGAGCUCUCCACCUGUGGCUGCAGCCGCUCGGCCCGCCCCCGCGACCUGCCGCGUGAUUGGCUCUGGGGAGGCUGCGGCGACAACGUGCAUUAUGGGUACCGAUUCGCCCGGGAGUUCGUGGACGCCAGGGAGCGAGAGAAGAACUACCCUCGGGGGUCCCUGGAGCACGCCCGCACCCUGAUGAACCUGCAGAACAACGAGGCAGGCAGACAGGCGGCCUAUAACCUUGCCAACGUGGCCUGUAAGUGCCACGGGGUCUCGGGGUCCUGCAGUCUGAAGACCUGCUGGCUCCAGCUGGCCGACUUCAGGAGUGUGGGCGAGUUCCUGAAGGAGAAGUAUGACAGCGCGGCGGCCAUGCGCAUUGGACGCAAGGGCAAGCUGGAGCUGGUAGAGAAGCGCUUCAACCCCCCAGGCCCGGAGGAUCUGGUCUACACGGACCCCAGUCCGGACUACUGCCUCCGCAACGAGACCACGGGGUCCCUGGGCACGCAGGGCCGCCUCUGCAACAAGACCUCGGAGGGCAUGGAUGGCUGCGAGCUCAUGUGCUGCGGCCGAGGGUACGACCAGUUCAAGAUCUACAAGCACGAGCGCUGCCACUGCAAGUUCCACUGGUGCUGCUACGUCAAGUGCAAGCGCUGCUCCACCCUCGUAGACCAGUUUGUGUGUAAAUAGCACACAAGCGGAUGGGGGGGGGGACUUAAGAUCCAUUUGUUUUACCCUGCUCCAUUUAUGUCCCCUGCUGUGUUCCAUCCUGAGGACAGCAGCUGUGUGUCUGUGAGUAGCACCAUGAUGCAUAGAUGCAGUGGAUGGGUAAAGAUGGAGAGGUGGACAAAAGGAGGAAGCACAGAGGAAUAGGAUUUGUUCCUCGCUUUUUGAACAACUUUUUAUUCGAUCAACUGAGAUUCCCCCUGCAUGAUAUCCUGAUCACAACCCUGAGUGAAGGAGGAAAGAAAAGAAGGACUAAAUGGAUGAAGGAUAUAAAGGACAAAUGGACACCUAUUACCAGUGUGAUAAAAGAUGAAAUACAUAUAUUAAUAAAUAAUAAAUGAAUAUACAACUCUGAUUGUUAUUUAAAGAGACUCAAACUGCAGGCACACUUUGGACCCAUACAACUCACUGGUUCAGGAGUCAUCAAAGUCCUCUUGGAGUUUGAAGCCAUGUGAGGGCUGAGCAGUGUCCCUGUGUCUUUCUCGGAACUUUAACCCUGCAAGAGAACUUCCUGCAGACGUGAGGUGUGCUGCUGUGUGGGAAACACCCGAGAUGUCCAGACUGACACGAGAGGAGGGAAUAGAGGGAAAAGGUUCAAGUACAAUGAGAAGGACUUUAUGAUGAUUUGUCAACAAAACACUUAGUCCUCCAGGAGACACAUGUUGGAGCAGACCUCCAGCAGCUGUGACCUGACCGUGUGUCUGCGCAGGUAAUGAGGCUCGCUGGUUGCAGCCAUCUUGGCUCCACGAACAUUUAAACAACGGCGUCCUUCAUCUGACAGUGAAGAGAGCGAGGCCUCCAUCAGUGAGAUGAUGCUCUCUCUGCCUUAAUGCACCGCACUGAGAGACACUGCCAGUGGACCUGUUCAUCUCACGUUGUUAUGCAACUUGUCAACAAAAAGCCCUGUGGGGUCGACUCUAACAUUUUAUAAUUCUGUAUUACCAUGAAUUUUGCAAGAAUAUUUUAAGUGUAUAAUCUAAUCCAAUCAAUAGCAACCAUGAAGAUGACAGAGUGGACUGAACAUGCUGUGGGAAAUGAAUGUGUGAACGUGGAAAAACAGAAAGACUGCAAUUUAUUACUGCUUUUAAACAAGUAGUAGAUCAGAGAAGAAGGUAUAUUUUAUUAUUGUGUUUCAUUUUCUGUUUUCUAUGUUUUAUACCUGAGUAUUAUUGUGUAUUCUUUUGAUAAACUAGUCUUCAAAAACAAA